AUGGCGUCGAUAGUUACUCCUGUUGCUGGGAGUACCAUUGAUUCAAUCGACAUGAUUACAAUGCCUUCUGUUGUUGGCGUUCCCACCAAGGACAGCGAGAUGAAGAGACCUGGAAGUAGCGACGAAGAACGACCUCAACCUGCACAACCACGCAGCACUUUGAAAAUGUUUUCCAUCAUGACUGCUCUUUUUGCUGCGACUUUCAUUUCCGCAUUAAACACAACGAUUGUGGCUACCGCAAUACCUACAAUCUGUGCGGAUCUCAAUUCUGCGGCUGGAUACUCCUGGAUUGGAGCUGCAUACGUGAUUGCAACAACUGCUGUGGGCCCUGUCUGGACAAAAUUGUCAGACAUAUGGGGUCGUAAGCCGAUUUUACUGUUGACCGUUGCCCUUUACUUUGCUAGCUCGACGCUAUGUGCUCUAUCGACCAGCAUGGCCAUGUUGAUCACAGGCCGCGCUCUGCAGGGAGUGUCUGGUGGCGGUGUGGGUUCACUAGUCAGCGUUGUGAUCUCGGAUUUGUUUAGCAUGAGGACCAGGCCACUCUUUCUUGGACUUCUCCAGGUGACUUGGGCCGUGGCUGGUGGUCUUGGUCCUGUCCUUGGAGGUGCCUUUGCUCAGAAAAGUCUCUGGAGAUUUAUCUUUUGGAUAAAUCUUCCUGUUUGCGGAGUAGCUUUCAGCCUUCUAUUGAUCUUCCUUGAUGUCCAUAACCCGAAGACUAAGUUCGUCGACGGUAUCAAGGCUAUUGACUGGGCUGGGAGCCUUUCACUCAUAGGGCUGAUGGUGAUGGUACUCCUUGGGUUGAAUUUUGGAGGAACAACAUUUCCCUGGGGUUCUCCACAAGUGAUCUGCCUGGUCAUCUUCGGUUGCCUGGUGGCCGGGUUGUUCCUCUUCAAUGAAGGCAGAUUUGCACGCCAUCCAAUCAUGCCUCUUGGUCUUUUCCGCCAGAAGUCCAAUACUGCAUGUCUACUGAUUGUUUUCAUUCAACAUUUCGUCCUCACUGCUGCAGAAUAUUAUCUUCCACUUUAUUUCCAGGCUGCGAAAGGGGCUUCACCCCUUUAUUCUGGAGUUCUCCUCCUUCCACUGAUAAUGAUUGAAGCCGCGACAGCCACCGCCUCCGGGAUUUUCAUUCACCAUUUCGGCAGAUAUCUCAACCUCAUCUGGGUUGGCGUAGUUUUCAUGACCCUUGGGAAUGGAUUAUACAUCUAUCUUAGCGCUGCAUCGUCGAUCGGAUCCAUCGCUGCCUUUCAACUCGUGUCCGGCUUUGGAAUCGGCCUCCUCUUCGAUCCUCCCCUUAUCGCGCUCCAAGCGCUCGUGUCUCAAGAUGACGUGGCGACCGCGACCGCGACCCUAGGAUUUAUGCGAGGUACUGGCGUUGCCCUCUCGAUAAUCAUUGGUGGUGUCCUGUUCCAGAAUGGCAUACAGCUUCAAAGCUCGUAUCUACGCGAAAGUGGUCUGCCAAUUAACAUGGUCCAAGAACUUUCAGGCCCUGAUGCAGCAACCAAAAUCGGGUUGAUAAGCACCAUUUCCGACCAGGCGCAAAAGCUGGUGGUCCAACAGGCCUUUGCCUGGAGCUUGAGAAAUCUCUGGAUCACUUGUACGGGGAUUGCAGCCAUGGGGAUUUUCGUCACCGCUUUGGUUAAGCAGAAAGCGUUAGCAAGGGAACAUGUUGAGACUCAAACUGGUAUUAAGAAGUAG